UUGAGCAUGCCCAAGAUCAUUUGGACCUGGGGUUGAACAGCCGAGGCCCAGAGUGAAUGCUCGCAUGUUCUGACAAGAUGGCAGCGAGCAGCGGCGGGAAACCGUUGCCAAAGCAGAGCCUGGCGGAUUCGGCAGUGAUAAAGGAGAUUGUCAAGCUUGACACCUUCAAGGGUAAAUUCGUCCCUAAGGACUUUGUGGAAUCUCUAUCACAGAAGCUUGUAGUUCAGGCGCAGACAACUCCCAGGCAAUUCGAUCCGAGACCUUUUAUUCGUAACUUUGAAGCUGCUAUCGACGAGCUUUUGAGAUUAAAACGGAAGGUCCAUAACAAAAUUGAGGAUUUGGAAGAUCAGGCGGCUGCAUCAGAUACCGCCCGAAGGAAGAAGCUUGCUGAAAUCAACGAUGCCAUGCAUGAUGCCCAAGCUGCAUUUGAGUCGUUAGAAUCUCGCCUUGGCGAGGUCGGAAAGACCGCCAUAAGGAUUGGCGAGCAGCUGGAGACAAUAGAUAAACAAAGAGCACGCGCCGCGGAAGCAAAGGACUUGAUACAGUACUUUAUUGAAUUCAAUGCUGGGAAUUCCACUCGACUGGAUGACUUGAAAGCUGCCGGACAUGAAGGCGAAUACAAGGCGGCCAUUGUUGUACGGAGACUAACAGCGGUUGCGAAAGAAGUUGACAUCGCUGGUGCUGAGGCGGCUCGGACUAACAUUGAAAGCUAUUCCGAACAAUUUGAAAAAGAACUUCUAGAAAGAUUCGAUGAAGCAUACAGAGACGCGGAUCGACAUAUAAUGAAUGAAUGCGCCAAAACACUUGUUGAGUUCAAUGGUGGAGAGUCGUGCAUUCGCGCCUAUGUCAACCAGCACGAAUUCUUCAUAAAUCGCUCCAAGGUUGAGGAGACCGAAGAGACUGUAGAUGCGGAGAGACAAGAGGAUGAUCCAACAAAAGCUGAUCUUGGCCUUGUCCGAUUAUGUAACGAGAUCCGACAAACCUGCGCCCAAGAAUGGGAGGUCAUCCGUGCUGUUUUCCCAAAUGCACCGGUAGUCAUGCAGCAAUUCAUACAGCGAAUUUUUGCACAAUCUAUUCAAACGUAUAUCGAAAACAUCCUUCGUCGCGCUGACGAGGAUUCGCCCCGUUCCUAUUUACGAGCCCUUUCCUCAUCUCAUGCUGUCAUCUCUGGUUUGGUGAACGAUCUGCACAAGUUGGAUGAAAAUUGCAUAGCUGGAAAGGCCGGGAAACCGGUUUUGACUGCAAUCAUUAACCGAUCAUUCGAUGACUUGUUCGUACCAUACAUUGAAGGAGGAAGAUAUAUUGAAGCUGAAAAGGAAUGUCUCAAUGAUCUCUUCAGCGAAUCAUUGAAUGUGUUCCACGAAUACGCGGCGCAACGAGCCAAAACUCCCCGCGGCAAAGCCGUUACCAAGCCGUCCACAACGGCCGCGCCGCCUUCACCGACCAAAACUUCCCCGACUUCCGCUGAGGCGAUGAUGACCAAAUUUGUGAGCACCAUGAACGUUCUCGGCCAGGAGGUAGCGCAACAGAUUGGGCUUCAAGCAGCGCCAGAACCACUGUCUCCAGAAGAGAUGGGCCUUCCUUCGGUUCAGCUGAUGCUAAAAUUGCUUGAUAUGCAUGUCGAGGCCAUGGCACGAUGUAAGGAACUUACGCCGCCAAGCGAACUUGCAAGGAAUGCAAGUAUCGUCUUCACUCUUCUCAUUGAGACAGUUGGUGUGAAGUAUCUCGAAGUUGCACUGGAUAUGAUGAUCGAAGAUAUUCAAUUUGCGGAUUCACGGCAGCAACCCGAUUUCAAGCAAAUGCCCAUGGUGCAUGUGGCUCAGCAGAUCCUGCAGCUUCUCCAACUGCACUUUCAAAGCACAAUAGUGCCUAUGAUCGCACCAUCUCCGACCACCCACCGCGAUAUGGUCCUGUACAAGAACGGAUUCAUGUCAGCAGUCGAACAUAGAUUGAACAUAUUGCUCCAGAAGCAAAUUGAUGCUGUCACCGCCUGGCUGUCGGUCCUCCUUGCGUCACAAAAGAAAACAGAUUAUAGACCAAAGGACGAAGCUGCCGGGAGCAGCAGCUUGGCUAGUCCUACGUGUAUUCAGUGUACAGACUUUUUAACGGUAGUCUAUGAUCAAGCGUCGCAAUGUCUAGGCGGGGAAAAUUUGGAAGCGUUCCUGACUGAGAUUGGAGUGUCAUUCCACAGCAUGUUACUCGAUCACUUCAAAAAGUUUGUAGUCAGCCAGGCAGGGGGUAUGACCCUCUUAAAAGAUAUUUCAAACUACCAGCAAACGAUUUCUCUUUUCAAGAUACCCAUCCUACAUGAGCGGUUUGAUAUGCUCAAGGAACUCGGAAACGUGUUUGUUGUGAAACCUGAGAAUCUGAAGACAGUCAUUAGGGAGGGGCACCUCAGUCGGAUUGAGAUAACGCUGCUCCAUCCAUUUCUUACGAUGCGGGCGGAUUGGAACAAACUCGGCAAAUUUGAGAAGGAUUUGUUCCAAAGCGGAGCUCAAGGUAUCCAGGGAAGAAAUGCUGCGAUGCAAAGGGUGUAGAAAGCGUGAUGAAAUAUCGUGUGUUGUAAUUGACUAUCUAAGUUAUAUGCCCCAUUGUUGUCUAUAUACUUUGAUGUCCUGGA